UUAUAUCCGGUUAACCGAUAUUGCUAGUACUAACCAAAGUCAGUGUAAAUAUGUGGAACCAGAUUAACGUCACUGUGACCCAGUGACCAGUGGGUCAAAAUAUGUUUGUCCACAACUAUCAUCAGUAAUAACAGUAUACAAUGGUAUAAUGGUACACUUUUUGAGAUCUUUAUUUGAUGCUGCAUAUCAUGUCACAGGACUUCUAUUUAGCUGGAUGUCCCCAAGUACUUGGAUUACUUGGGUUCCGUCAUCAAUGAUGCAUUUAGCACAAGCAGAAACCCAACUCCUCAACAAAUUCAUAAAAUUGGCAUUUGAUACAAAGUAUGUGUAUCUUCCUUCAAAACAACAUAGAUUAUGGACCAUGACAGUAAAUAAAGACCAUAAAAAUAUGCCAUUAGUGAUGGUCCAUGGUAUGGGGGGAGGGAUAGGAUUAUGGUCCCGUAAUAUAGAUGAACUUGCCAACAAUAGACCUUUAUAUGCAUUUGACUUACUUGGAUUUGGUAGGAGUUCUAGACCAACAUUCAGUUACACACCAGAACAGGCUGAGGAUGAAUUUGUGGAAUCAUUAGAAGAAUGGAGAAAACAAAUGAAACUUGAUAAAUUUGUGUUACUUGGGCAUAGCCUUGGAGCUUAUGUGUCUUCCUCUUAUGCCUUGAAAUAUCCAGAAAGAGUCAAACAUUUAGUGCUAGCAGAUCCAUGGGGAUUCCCAGACAAACCACCGGACUCUGCAAAUCGGAUUCCUACAUGGAUAAGAGUUAUUGGUGCUGUCAUUUCUCCGUUUAAUCCACUUGCAGCUCUUAGAGUUGCUGGUCCUUGGGGACCAGUACUGGUAAAGAAAUUUCGACCUGACUUACAAAGAAAGUUUGGUGAAUCAGAAGAGGAUGAUACUAUCUUUGAUUACAUCUACCAUUGUAAUGCACAGACCCCAAGUGGUGAGUCUGCAUUCAAAACCAUGAACACUUCAUUUGGUUGGGCAAAGAGACCAAUGAUGCACAGAAUAGGAGAUAUCAAAGAUGAUUUACCAGUAACCUUCAUUUAUGGUUCAAGGUCAUGGGUAGACAGUAAUACUGGAUUUCAUGCUAAAUACUUACGCCAUGAGAGUUAUGUAGAUGUACAGGUUGUACGAGGUGCUGGACAUCAUGUAUAUGCCGACAGACCUGAACCUUUUAACUUCCUAGUCCAAAGAAUCUGUGAUGCUGCUGAUAAAGACGAUGUACCUCCUAUUCGUACAAGUCGUACUUCAAUAAACUUAACCAAAGAACAGUCCAGCCCAGACAUUACAUUAGAUGCUGUUAAUAGUCAGUUAUGAUGAUAAAUUGUUUUAAAUAUUUAAUUUAUUUAGAUUGAAACAUGCACAACAAUGCAAAAUUAGAGUUACAGUUAUUGAUGUCUAUGGUAAUUAUUAUACUACACUCAGGACUUUAAAAGUUGUUAGUAUUUAUAGAAUAACUAAUCUUAGAAUUCAAAUAGAGAAAAAUAUUCAACGAGUGAGCAAAGAACACAAUAAUUCACUUAUUUGUGCAUGAGUUAAUCAUCAGUGUUGAUCCAACAAGAGUUGAAUAUUUUUUUAUAUUUGAGUUCUUUGAUGGGUUAAUCUUUUUAUUACAUUUACAAAUUUUCAUUAAAUUGAUGUAAAAAAUGCAUUAGUAAUUUGUUUUGAUCGACUUAACUGACGUCUUGACAACGCCUUUUGUUGCAUGUUAAAUUGACAAUUUUUAUAUAACUGGGAAAUCAAUGUAAUUAAUUGCAACCAAUGUAUUAAUAACAUUUAUAUUGAUUUUGACAUUUCAAUGAAUAUUUUCAUACAGAAUCUAUACUGGCUCAACUCAAAUAUGAAGAUGAAUUUUUUUUUUAUUUUUUGCUUUUAAUUAGUCUUAAAGUCUGUUGUUUUCAGUGGAAAAAAAGAGAUAAAUAUUAAAGAUUGAAUUAAAACUCAUCUUAGCUGAUCAGAAUGAGAUCAUUACUGCUCAGUGGCGCAUCCACUCGGGUUCAUAUUUCUGACAUUUUGCUUGAUGAGAUACCUAGUUUAAACCCUUCUGUAAGGGAGGGAUGUAAAUGUAGUUGUGUAGUAGGUGUAACUGUAAUAAAGAGCUUAGUUUGGUUUAUCAACUCUUUAAUAAUUGAUUUUCACAUCCAUCCAAGCCCAAUUUUAACCAUCUUCGCUAGCCAAGGGUAAUGAUCCACUUCCCCUCACUUCACAUGCAAAGAAGUAUUUUAACCAGGGGGCAGAGAUUUGUUUUGUGAUGUGUAUCUGACAAUUAUUUGACAGAUUGUAGAUAUUAUUUAUUUUUUACUAUAUAAAAAUAGUGUUCACCAUUCAAUACUGUAUGUGAUAUCAUUAACCAUUUUCAUCAUCAUCAUCAUCAUCAUCAUCUCAUGCACUACAGAAUAUGUGUUUUACCCAUUUCUGCCUCUUUAUUUACUUAUAUUGAUAUAUUGCUGAAAAUUGUGAUUUGUAAAGUGAGUACACAUUUUUUUUAUUCUUUGGUUUGUAAAAGUAUAAAGUAAUAGAUUUUAUAAAUUGUGGAUACUUUUAUUUUUGUUGCCACCAAAUUUGUGGAUUAAGGAAAACCUGUAUUUUCAUGGAUAUUUGCACUGUAUUUCCUGGUUGUAACAAAUUCUCCAUACAACCUAAAGCCUACAGGAAAUUCAGCUUUCCUUUAACACUUAAAUUAAUUGUAAACCUUAAUCCAUAAAAUUCACAAGAUUUGUAAUCCCACGAAAAAUACUAAAUCCAUUGUCAUCAAAUGCAUGUAUAUAUUUGCACUUCACAAUUGAGUAAUAUAAAACCAAGUUCACUGAAUAAAAACUGCUAUUUCUAUUAUUAUUGUAAUAUGAUACAUUGCUUUAUUUACGAGCAUAUUGUUAUUUUUGUGUUAUUUUAUGGAGAUAUUCAUCAUUAAAGUACCUAUCAUUAGGAAGAUACUUUAUCAUGCGUUCUAGCAUUUUAGAUAGAUGUCACUAAGAAAAUGUAGGUGUAUUGGUCAUACAUGUACAUGUAUAUUGAAUAAUUAGUAUAUGACCUCUUAAAAUGGAACAAUUCAGGAAAGAUAUACAUGUAUUCCUAUAUUGUUCUGAUGCAUUGCUUGUCAAUAGACUUAAAAUCAUUUAAUUGACUUCACAUUUUAGAAUAUAUUGUAUUCUACUGAAAACUGGCAUAGUUCAUUCUCCUUAUUUUAGAAUCCUCUCCCCUGGCCCAAGACCCAAUAGAAGAAGCUUUAGCAAAAAUGCCGCUUUUCAAUCAUCGUAGUAGUAAAUGAACCAAAGACUGAUAAGAUUCUUUCUUAAUACAAUUUGAUUUAAUAGUAAUUGUCAUGUAAUUUUUAAACAUUUUAUAAACAUUUAUGCAUUUUAAAAAUUGUCCUGAUGAAGCCUGCCUUGCAAGCAAAAAUGUAGACCAUAGCAAAUAAAAUUGCAGACCAUUUGAAGUGUUGUUGAACUUGUCAAUUUGGAGUAUUAUUUAUGCAUUUUGUCAUGUAUUUUGUUAAUAUAUUCAUCUGUGAUUCAUUCAUUGAUAUUUCCACCAUGACCAUGAUGACAAAGAUAUUUUAUGAUGAAUAAAAAUGUUGAA